UUAGGCCUUUAAUAACACACACACUACACUACACUACACUACACUACACUACACGCACUUAUUGAGUGUGUUUUGUUGUGCAGAAUAUGACACACCAUGGCCGCCACCACCGGGGCCACAACGGGCACGAGCAGAUGACAGUUUCUCCUCCUUCACAAGUACUGUGUGUGAAUAUUGAAUGCAUGACUGCAUCCGUGUGGGCCUUUUAAUUUUUCAUGCACAUGCACGCACACAAUCACACACACACACAUACAUGCACUUAUCAACUGUUGUUUUUUGUUGUUGUGCAGAAUGCGACACAGCAUGGCCGCCCCCACCGGGGCCACAAGUGGCACAUCCAGAGACAGGGCAGCUGGCUGGGGGACAUCCUCGACUGGCAAGACAUCGCCUCCUUCCUGCAAGAGAACAUCGAGACCCUCAUUUCGAUUCUCGAGUCACUGUGGAUCGUGAUGAGUCGGAACCUUGGCCUCCUCAUCUCCACGGCAACCACUCUGUUUACAGUCCUCUUCCACAGCGGGACAGCCUUACUCAACUUUGUCCUGUCCUUGGUGAUUUUCCUCACCACUCUGUUCUAUCUGCUGAGUUCCAGUGGGGAGUACUAUAAGCCAGUCAAGUGGGUGAUCAGCCUCACCCCGCUGUCACAGCCCGGGCCAUCCUCCAACAUCAUCGGCCAAUCAGUGGAGGAAGCCAUUAGGGGGGUGUUUGAUGCUUCGUUGAAGAUGGCGGGCUUCUACGGCCUCUACACUUGGCUCACUCACACCAUCUUUGGCAUCAACAUCCUCUUCAUCCCGUCAGCCAUGGCUGCCAUCCUGGGUGCGGUGCCGUUCCUGGGGACGUACUGGGCGGCGUUGCCUGCGGUGCUGGACCUGUGGCUGGCGCAGGGUGAGGGCUUCAAGGCCCUGCUGCUGCUGCUCAUACACCUGGUGCCCACCUACUGCGUGGACACCGCCAUCUACUCCGACAUAUCUGGGGGAGGCCACCCGUACCUGACGGGCCUGGCGGUGGCGGGCGGGGCCUACUACCUGGGGCUGGAGGGGGCCAUCAUCGGGCCCAUCCUGCUCUGCAUCCUGGUGGUGGCCGCCAACAUCUACAGCGCCAUGCUCAUGAGCCCCAGCAGCACCCAGGCCACGCCUGUACAGGCCUUCCAGAGACCCUUCAUGGACACCCCCAUGGUACUGAAGGAAGGGAGUGAGUGAAGAAACGGACAAUGCGCCUACAGUGUGCCUGUGGUCAUCUCUGUCUCUGUCACACACACACACACACACACACACACACACACACACACACACACACACACACACACACACACACACACACACACACACACACACACACACACACACACACACACACACACACACACACACACACACACACACACACACACACACAGGUCAAUGUGACGUACAGUACAGUACCAUCCCUGAGACGGGGCUUCCAUGUUAUUCAAGCAGGGGCUGCUACCAUGGCCAUGCUGUACAUGUGUGUGGCUACUACAGUACAAUGGUGGCACAGACAGCGUAGACAUGCUCUGCACCAAUUCUUAAUUACGUCAGAGGUCUCUGUGAAGAAAGCAGUCUUAUUUUUACCAAGUGAAUGUUUUGACCGCGUUGUCUUUCUCGCUAAAAAAAGAGUCACAGAGAAUCAACUUAAGGCUGACAUCGGCUUAGCUGUUAUAAGCUAACACCAGCCGCCCUAACAAGGCUUAGAUUGAACUUCAACUAGCAACUCUAAUGCUAAACACGCACUUGACUGGCUAGCGCGCUAGCUGCUGUUAGCCACAUGAUAUGCAAUGAGGCAGCAUUAUUUAC